UAUAUAUAAAGAGACAAAAAGGAAGGUGCCCUGCAGGAAGACCAGGACCAAUCUUGAAGGAACAUCUACCAGUUUCAAGAUGCAUCACCUACUGCUCUGGGUUCUCCUUGUCUACCUGGCUGUGAAUGAGUCCUGGGCCAAUGGGAUGAAUGCCAAUCUCACGGUCCUAAGGAGAACUGUGGAAAAAAGCCUUCAAGUCCCAGGCAAUGGCAGCAGAGAGGCUCUGAACCUAAAGAGAAACACCCGCUCUCUAGAAAGAUUCAGUGAUGUAUUUGAUGGUACAAGCCUGAAAUGGGUAGAGUUUCAGGAGUCUAUCCCCGAGGGAGCUGUGUCCAUCUGGAACAGCUAUGCCAAAAGGACGGAAUAUCCUUGCUCCGAAAACAACUGUGAAGCUGGCUUCUAUAGCCCAGACCGGGGUGCUUUCUGCUUCUAUCCUUACAAAGGCAAAGAACACAAAAGUGAUAAGUUCUGGUUGUUAGUUAAUGAAAAUGAUUUUGAAUCCUUGAAGUGGAAAGGAGGUUUCUUGGGUAGCGUUCCAUCCAAUUCCAUAAACACUUGCCCAGGAGUCAAAGUCUACCUUGCCAAAAAUAAGUAUGGAUUAGGAAAGGUUGCUGGCCCCGUUAAAGCUUUCUUUAUAGGAAUUGACGGUUGGGAAUAUCUGUAUUUGCGCUACGAGGUCCUGACAGUGAAUAAAGAUUAUCUCUCUCAGAGUAUUUACGAUGUCAAGUACAUGAUGGAGAAUGGAAUAUAUAAGAGGGAGAGUGUGACUUUAGCCUCCAGCCAAGUUACCAAUAACAACUGGAAGGUUGUGAAGAAGACAGCCACCUUAUCCAGGACUGUGACUUCCGAGCAUCGUUGGGAUUUUAGUAUUUCCCUCAAAGUGGCUGUGAGUACUACCUUGACUGCCAAAAUCAUUGAAGGAUUAAGUUUAGGGUGGACCCCUUCUGCAGAAACAACCAUCAGCUGGAGUCAGGGCUUCACACAGAGGCAAUCGGUCACACAUUCUCUAACUGUAGAGGUAGAAGUCCCACCAAACCAUGAGUGUGAGGUGACAAUGGAAGCCUUGAAGAUGACUGCAGAUGUUCCCUUCACUGCCACAGCAACACGUAGGUAUCGCAAUGGGGAAAAACGAAGUGCCACAGUCCGAGGAGUCAGCAAAAAUAUUGAUGUGGCACGUGUGCAAGUUCAAGUAAAGUCUUGCAAACCCAUCCCAACAGCUCAUCCCAUCUCAUGUCAGAGAUGUACAAAUGAUCCAGAACAAUUUGGAUUGACCCACGAUGAGGAUUCAGAAUAAACUAUACAGAUGGUACCCACUCUCAUCGCAGCUAUCACCAACACACAAUAUUCUUUCAUCACAGCAUUAGAGAUGA